AUGGACAAGCCAGUUCAACUCGCCAGAGUCACCAAGGUCCUCGGCCGCACCGGAUCCCAAGGACAAUGUACACAGGUCCGCGUCGAAUUCAUCGGAGACAACACCAACCGAUCGAUCAUCCGCAACGUCAAGGGACCCGUUAGAGAAGGAGACAUCCUGACCCUCCUCGAGGCUGAGCGCGAAGCCCGCCGUCUCCGC